AUUUUCACUGGCUUGUGGUUCUCAACCAUCAUUUUUCUCCUCAAGACUCCCAGAGGUCAAUGUGCAGAAAUAGUUGGAGGAAAAGAAUCCAAACCACACUCAAGACCAUACAUGGCCAUCAUCAAAGGCAACCGCCUUUGUGGAGGAACACUGAUCAAACAAAACUGGGUGUUAACAGCAGCUCAUUGUCAGAUUGAGAAGACCACCAAAGUUAUACUUGGAGCUCAUUCCAUUUCGAAAUCUGAGUCUACAAAACAGAACUUUACAAUUGUUAAACAGGUUCCUUACCCAUGCUAUGAUCAGGAGACACAUGAAGGUGACCUUAUGCUUCUGCAGCUUAAUGUCCCAGCAAAGAUUAAUCGAUAUGUGAAGACAGUUAAGCUGCCCCUCACUGACUCUGACCUUAAACCAGGAACACAGUGUCUUGUGGCUGGAUGGGGAGCUACUCAUAGCAAGGACAAGAAGGCAUCCGAUGUGCUGCGUGAAGUUAACAUAGGUGUCAUUGAAAGGACCAUCUGCAAUGACAAGGAACAUUAUAAUUCUAAACCUAUAGUGACACUGAAUAUGGUGUGUGCUGGAGACAAGAAAGGACUCAAGGAUUCGUGUAUUGGUGACUCUGGAGGUCCUCUGAUGUGUAAGAAUGAACAAAAAGCCAUUGUGUCCUUUGGGAAACCAUCAAGAUGUGCUGAUCGCCAAUACCCUGGUGUCUAUACACUUCUCAGAAAGAAAUAUUUAAAAUGGAUAGCAGAAAUCACAGGUGGUGAUUUGGAAUGAGUGGCUACUCUGUUAUGUUUUUAAUUUUCCUUCCUGAUAAUCAUCACUCUUUAACAAUUGUUCUUUCUGUAAAGAUUGCCCACUUUCGUUUAUAUUCAUGCAAUUUAUCCUUGUAAUGGUCUGUCAUAUACACCAGUUCUAAGGCUAUCACUGGUGAAUUUCUGCAAAUUUUGAGAAAGGAGAAGGAAUGGUGUUUGGGCUACAACAAACACCAUUUCCAGUCCUGAUUUAUACAUGUGUAUGGCUAUAC